GGUAAAGCCCUUUAUAGAAAAGUGUGGUUUCCUGCAGCAAAGGAUGUGUAAAGAAGGAAUAGAACCCUAAACAUGUUUGAAGGCGUAGGGAGUAACAAAUAUUUUGGAGGAAUUUCAAGCGAGGAUACGGAUAGAACUAAACUAAACAUAUUAUACCAUGGCUGGAAAGUGUGACUGGUGGUCGAGCAUCAGGGAUUACCAGUUCAUGAUUGAAGAACUGCCGACCUCCGAUGAUUUGACCACCUUUAUAAGCUAUGCUGCCAUAUUCCUGGUAUCCUGGUUCGUAAUUCUCCAUGUAACCCGGUUCCUGUUGUCGCUCUUUUUGCCCCUAAUUAUGAUGACUACGGGACUCUUGAUCUUCCGAUUUCUGCGCACCUUUAACUUCUCCGAUUUUAAGACCAUCUUCUUCGAGGCACUGGAUGUAAUUAUCGAUCUAUGUUUCGAUUUGUAUCGUAAGAUGUGGCCAAAUAUCAAAGAAUUCGUUAUUAACCGAUGGUCUGGCAAAUAAAUUAUGCACUGGCGAUGAUAAUGGCGAAACUUCUAAUCAAAAUAAUUUGACAUUUAUAUUAAAAGAAAAAAGAACUAUGUUGAUAACUAUUUGAAAUUUAUAUUAAA